AUGUCAUCCUCUAUUUGGAUCCGGAAGCUUCGAGAAACGACUCACAAGGGCAAGUGGACUGUGGUGGACGUGAGGCUAUCAGCCUUUGGUGAAGAUGAUGACAAAUCCUUGAAGAUGUUGAUUCAACAGCUCAAUCAGUCCGAUUUGAAUGGCUCAGCCGUGGAUUUCUCCAAGUUCCUGGUCAAACAUGGCUGCACGGCGGCGCACGCCUGCCAAGUGCCCCAGAAUCUCUCCCUACAGCUGAAACAAAUUCAGGCCAGUUGUCCUGAAGGUCAGUCAUGGAACGAUGCGGACUGCGCCUGGCCCCCCUCGCCACCAGCGAAGGCUGGUGGAUUUCCCAUGUGGCUGGUGGCAUUGAUCGUGGUGGUGAUUCUCCUCAUUGCCGCCGCGGUGACUUGGAGCUGCGUCUGCAAACGGAGCUCCAACGCUGGAGACGAGACCCGCUGGGGAGCCUUCUACGAGACGGGCAACUUUGAUGGGAGUCUUCGAGAACCCUGGAGGUGUUUGGGAUCUGUCCAUGAAGUCUUCGAGUUCGACUUUACUGAGCCUGAAGUGAAGAUGAGUGGUCAGACAGAUCUGCAUUUCGUAGCCAAAGAGGACGGUGUGCUGAAUUCCAUGGUUUUCUGGUACAAAAUGUCCUUGACAGACUCCAUUCAGUUAGAUCACACUCCGAUGGAUCUGCAAGAAGGUCAUCAGGUGCAGGGUGACUACAACCGCCAUGCAUAUCAAUGGCUUGCAGCACCCUUGGAGGUGUCCAAGGGUGAUGAGGUUCACAUCCGUGCGUCCUACAGUCGCUCACGGAUACGAUUCGAGGUGAUGAGCCCCCAGGUGCCGACAAAGGUGAAGGGCGUCGGAUGUCCCAGGUGGCUCUUUCUGCGACUCUGGGACGAUCAACGCCUGGAAGCCUUCCGCAAAGCCAUCGAGAAGGCCUUGGAGAAAAUCAUGGAGGCCCGCGAGGCAAUCCCCAAGUUGGAUCGGCCGCCCUUGCGGGUGGUUCACAUGGGAGCCGGACUGGGACAGAUCUCCAUGCUGACGGCGAGAUGCGCCAGGGAGGCUGGCAUCAGCGAGAACGAGAUCGAGACCCAUGGCUAUUCCGUGGUGGCGAUUGAGCAGAUGCCCAAAGUGGUGAAACUGGCCAAGCGUGUUUUUCGCGACAACAACUUGGAGGGCGAUGUCUUCCUUUGUUCGGAGGACGUUUGCAAGUUGCCCAGCCAACCGCAACGCGCACAACUGGUGGUCUGCGAACACUUUGAUGCGGGCUUGCUUGGCGAAGGCAUUCUGGUGCUGCUGAAUGCUGCCCGCAUCAAAAUGUGCAAUGCCUUUGACCAUCAGGUCAUUCCUAGCAGAGCUACCAUCUGGGCCGCAGCUUUUGAGUUUGGGGAGCACCUGAAGGAUUAUCAAGGAUUCAAUCUCUCAGCCUUCAACCACUACCGCACCGGCCUAAUGGCAGAUGUGGACACGGCAUUGGCAGACGGCAGUGCUCGACAGAUGUCCAACGUCUUCGAGGUCUUUAAGUUCGACUUUGAGAAGAACGAGAUGCCCAAUGCACAUAGCAUCACCUUCACGCCACUUGCAACAGGCAAGAUUACGGCCAUUGUCUUCUGGUACGAGAUGCAUAUGGACGUAGAAGGAGAUGUCAUCUUGACCAAUUGGCCCGAAUCGAUUCCGCCUGCAGAUUUCUCGAUGAUGGAGAAAGACUUGCAUCGGAUAUCACCUCUGCGGCAAGCGGUAUGUCAUUUCCAAGGAAACUACAUCCGGGAGGUUGUGAAAGAUGAGCCGGUGGAGAUUGAUGUGGGAUACCAUCAGGCUUGGCCUCAAUUUGUGUGGCCUGGUACUGAGAUGGUGGCCAAGGAGAGCGGCGAGCGGAUUCCAAAGCCACCUCCCAUGCCGAGGCACAGACUUCACUUCGAAAAGAUGAAGACGGAGACCGAGAAAUUGGAGCAACAGCUCCAGGGAGGCUUGAUGUACGAUGAAGAAAUGCUGGGCGAUGGCUAUGCUGCUGCCGAGCGCAUUGCUCUGGAGCCCAAUGGCAAUCCCAACUAUCUGAUUGAUCCCAAUAACGCCAACUUCUUCCACAUGAUGUUUUUCUUGUGA